AUGGCAUUUUCGGUAUCCGAAGAAAACUACAGUGGCAGGUUAUCUCCUGAAAAGGCAUUGGUGUUCUAUCUCUUAGAAAAUAGAGCCAGGAUUGAUAUCAAGGAUGAAGCAGGUUGCCUACCAAUCCACUAUGCAAAUGAUGAAAUGAUCAGACAGAUGAUAUUGGCAAGAUCACCUUCCUUGGAUGGUGUACAGUCUACUAGAGAUCGGCCAUCGAACUCUAACGCUGCCUCUGUCAAAGUCAACAGAAAUUCCAGUCAAGAAAUCAAUCUAGAAGACCAUGGAAUAUCAAUGUACCUUCCUCCUGGAGCGGUUCCACCUGAUGUUUCUUGUCAGAUCACCCUAACCAUCUGUAGAGAAAAUACCUGUGUAGAUAUCACUGAAGGUGAAUCAAUGGUCUGCUAUGGGAUCAGGUGUGACCCUCAACCCUUGAUCUUCAACCAACCUGUUAAGAUCACUAUACCACACUCUUCUUUGGUCGUCAAUCCAGAGCAGGUAAAACCAGACAUCGUUUGUCGUGUGUGGGACUCAAUCAAGGGUAAGUCCACGAAGAUUCAUAUUUGA